AUGAACCAUCAUCAUCCAUGCUGGAUGAAGCCUUUCCAUCAGAGCUGCGUUGGGAUCCCCCAUGCCCUGUCGGUCCAGCUUCCAUAAGUAGAACCGCGCAACCAGGCGCCUCCCUGACUUUCCCAUCACUCCUGGACUCAGUAAGCGACCCCUGCCUUUAGAACUCUCAGGACAGCUUUCCUGCCUCCCACCACUGUGGGCCACUGGUGAAGAGCCAUGGUUCGUCCUUGGGUUUUCUGUGUCCUCCUGUUCCCUUGUUCCUCUGCCCACUCGGACAGCUGGAUGCCCCUUGUAAACCUCACCCAACGCCUCCUCCGGGAUGCUAACUCUUCCUUUUCUUCCAACUGCUGGGUCUGCCUGUCCAUCCAAACGCAGCGCUCUCUAGCCGUGCCAGCCCCACUCAGGAGUUGGACAGAGACACCCAUGAAACUGCGUAUCAUGUACUCGGCUCGGACCCUCUCAGGCUCUUACCCCAUUACCGACCUUGAGAGACGCCUCCAGAAUUUCCAGCCAUUGACGCCUCACUACUCUUUCGUCAAUCCUGACCGGCGGGCCAUUGCUUUCCUCCAGGUCACCAGUAUAACAGGCAUACUUCCGAUACUUUCCCGGCUCACCCCGGUGAAAUACCCCAAUGACCGCUUCUACGAAUCUGCCCAGCGCCCCAUAUGGGGGUCACUGUCUACCCAGACGAUCCUCACCGCCCAGGCCCCUCUCUGCAUAUCCCGUUUCUUCAAGAAUUCAAAAUAUGCCACCUUCGUGGGUAAUCUCUCUGCCUCUCUUUGCAACCACACCUUUCAGCUUUCCCCCUCUGCCAACCACCAGUCCAUUGAUCUGUCCACCAGCUAUGCAUUUGCCCCACUGAUGGCCAUGCCAGGCCUUAAAUGGAGAAACCCCUUACACUUUUCAGGACCCCCUUCCCUAAACUCAGGGAAACCUCACCACUCUUGCCCGGUAGAUGACAUCCAUUGUCACACCUACCCCACCACCCCCUGGAGGUACUGCCCUUCCUUCCUGUCGUCUAGCACCUGCUACAAUCUCACCUUAUUCGAACCCAACAAUGUGAGUCACCCUAUUACCCUGUCUGUAGACACCACCUACUUCAAGAUUAAACUCCAGGGACACAAAGACCCCUAUCCACUCUUUCAGUACCAGCCCCUCAUGGGGGCAGCCCUCUCGGGACAAUAUUCAAUCUGGGAGAAUGAACCCAAUGUCCAAGAAAAUGGCGGGCUCACUCCAAAUAUCUUCUCCCAUCUUGUCUCUUUAACAUACUCCUUCUGUCUCAACUCCUCCGGCGUUUUCUUCCUCUGUGGAAACUCAACUUAUGUCUGUCUCCCGGCCAAUUGGUCGGGCGUCUGUACUCUUGUCUUUCAAUACCCGGAUAUUGAACUCCUUCCUAACAACCAAAGCAUAAUGGUUCCCCUUUUUGCUACAGUUCCCUCUUCUGUCCCCGCUUCUCGCCGGAAGCGAGCCCUUCAUCUCCUUCCUCUUGCAGCCGGUCUGGGCAUUGCUUCAGCCCUCGGGUUAGGCGCGGCUGGGAUCGCCACCUCAACCAUGUAUUUCCAAAAGCUUUCCAAGGCUCUCUCGAACAGCCUAGACGAAGUGGCCACAUCCAUCCUCAGCCUCCAAGACCAAAUAGACUCACUGGCGGGUGUCGUCCUCCAAAACCGCAGAGCUCUGGACCUCCUUGUGGCUGAGAAAGGGGGCACCUGCCUCUUCCUCCAGGAAGAAUGCUGCUUCUACAUAAACCAGUCUGGAGUAGUCCGGUAUGCGGCAAGGAAACUUCGAGAAAGGGCAUCGGAACUCGGCCCAAGCUCGAGAUCGUGGAUCCAGCAGCUGGGACUGGGACCCUGGCUGCCCUCUUGGUUGACUUCCUUCAUGGGACCCAUUCUCUUUAUCCUGGUAGUGCUUGUUUUGGGGCCUUGUCUUCUCAAUUGCCUGACGCAUUCUGUAUCCCGGCGAAUGAGUUCUUUCAUUCACACCACCACCAAAGGGCACGUGGACAAGAUCCUUCUGCAUCGAGAGACCCAGUACAAGAGACUUCCCCAAGAACCCCAGGAGGAGGAUUCCGUCUAGUUGGGAGAGGCUACACGAACCAUAACCAAUCCCCACCCCGUCUCUAUCCACCGAUCUAUAGAAAUGAACAUCAUUCGUGUUAGCCACAACCUGGCCGCUUGGAAGAACUAAUCAAUUUUGCUUAAAUGGUGGUUAGUGUCCCCCAAACCAUAGUCAUCGUUCUAGGCUUGUUUUUCCAGAUGCCCGACACUCCUUGCCCCGUGAUGAUGGCUGGCCAUUGGAGAUGUUUAUGAUGUUCAUGAUUAUCUACAUACUCCAGACACUCUCAUAACUCUCUGAUCACUUCCGGCAACAGAAGCUUUUGAGCCCCGCCUCCAAUCCCUCCAACUUCCGUUAGCACACAGCGGUCUUUCUGGCUUCCCCGAUCUGGGGACCUCCCUUCCCAAGUUUUUUCUCGGAUUAAACCCGUCCUGUUGUAGGAGCUGCUUACACCCUUGUUUGCUGUUCCCUCCUUAGGCCUCGCAGCCACCCCUCCCCCAUGGGCUUCUGAACCAAAGGGAUAUGUCUGGAUGCUGGCUCCCCAGUUCCAGAGACAAAGACCAGCCUUGAAUGCACUUCCCUUCCUUCUGCUGCAGCCAUGAACAAGACUGUUCUAGAAAGCUACAUUUACUCAAUUGACAAGGAAACUCUAUUAUUCCGAGAGGGGCCUGUGGUCUUACUCAUGCCACAUGUCCUUCUUGUUAGGGGAGAAUGGCCCCCAUAGGUUCCAAUGGUGGAAUACUGAGUCUCCCAGUAGGCAAAGCCAUUUCCGGAGGUCUUGGGGGGGUGUGUGGCCUUGUUGGAGGCGGGGAGCCUCUGGAGGCGAGCUUUGAGAACUUAGAGAGGAAGGCCACAUUGAGUUUACCGUCACUGCCUUGUGCUUAUGGUGGUUCAAGAUUUUAGUCUUCAGCUUCUGCUUUUGCUUCAUCUGCCAUUUGCUGCACGCUCCUCUCCCCGCGCCCCCUCCCCCUCCCCCCAGCUUCCCCCCCCAUCCACGCUGUUACAGACUCGCCUCUCCAGCACCAUAAAACAAAUAAACCCUUCUGCUAU